UGUCUUGAAGAAGUAGACAUCUUUUUUUCUUUUUUUUUUUUAGUAAGUAGAGAAACAUUCGAGUUGUGUAGGAUUAUGAUUUUUAGUAUUAAUUUACAAAUAUAUGCACGAUAAUAUAUCAUAUAAUAUAGCCUACAAAUAUAUAUAAUUAUAUAUUUGCAUUUUAUCAUAUAUUUUCCGUGUGACAUCUACACACUAAUGGGCUCCAAUAAUGGCGCCUGUGAUUUAAAAUUCCCACAGAAUUAUGGGAGUCUGUCCUAUUCUUUUUGUUAUGCUUGAUUUGUUCAGGGAAACGGGAAUGCCCAAUUAAUUGAAACGUUUUCUAGGCUUCAAGUUACCUGUGGUUCACCCUUUUCGCGCCCUCUCCUGUCUGUCAGUCAAAAUGCUCAAGAUCUUCAUUGGGUUGGUGGUCGCAGGUUUGGUGAUCGCCUUGGUUCUGGAAAACUACAACACCGCAAAGCACCCCAAAAGAAGCAUUAACAGCAAUUCCAAUGAUAGGAAUCAUCAUGGGGAUAUCUUUUACAACACCCACCCAUAUCCUGGUGCGGAGAUGGAUAACAUAUUUUGGUUUGUGCAGGUGUCAGACAUACACAUCAGCCGCUUUCAAGACCCCAGGAGAAUUACCGACUUUGAGGAAUUUUGCUCGGAAACUAUAGAUGUCAUUAAACCAGCCCUUGUUCUGGUAACAGGGGACCUGACAGACGCAAAGACGUCAAGAAAGAUUGGAUCCCAGCAGUAUGAGGUGGAAUGGCAGGCCUACCACAACAUCCUGAAGAGGUCGAGGGUGCUGGAAAGAACCAAGUGGAUAGACAUAAGGGGGAACCACGAUGCCUUCAAUAUAAUAUCUCUUGAAAGUGUCAACAAUUAUUACAGGAAAUAUUCAGCCACCAAGAAAGAGGGCUCCUUCCACUACAUUCAUCAAACUCCCUUUGGGAGUUACUCUUUCAUCUGUGUUGAUGCCACCCCCACCCCUGGACCCAAGAGACCGUUUAAUUUCUUUGGCAUUUUAGACCAGACUCGAAACGACGAGCUGUCAAUUCUAGAGUCCAAGAGCCUUAAUAGUAACCAGUCUAUUUGGUUUGGCCAUUAUACAACAUCCACCAUUAUCUCCCUGUUCCCAGGGAUACGGCAAAUAAUGAGCUCAGCAGUGGCUUACCUGUGUGGGCACCUGCACACUCUUGGAGGGCUGAUGCCAGUGCUGCACAGCCGCCAUCCACAGGGUACUCUGGAGCUAGAGCUCGCUGAUUGGAAGGACAGCAGAAGAUUUCGUGUCCUGGCGUUUGAUCAUGACCUCCUGAGCUUCUCAGACCUGAGUUUUGAAGAGUGGCCGGCUGUCCUGAUCACCAAUCCCAAGGCAGCAAAAUAUACCAACCCAGCGGUCGAGCCCCUAGGAAGGAUCCAGAGCUCCACGCACAUCAGGAUUCUAGCCUUCUCGGUAGCCCAGAUCACUGCUGUCUAUGUGCAUAUUGAUGGGAAGCUCUUGGGGGAAGCACGGCCUGUGAAAGGACCUCUUUUCACCCUUAAAUGGAACCCUAUGAGAUAUACGAAAGGACUUCACAACAUUGAGGUCAAAGUUGAGGAUGCUGCUGGCAGGUCAACAGUGAGACACCAUGAAUUCACCCUGGAAAAGGAUGUGUCUCUGGGCUUUGGGUUCCUGCAGUCCUUCAUCCUCCUGACUGACCACUACAUCCUGGCUAGAGUCACCUUUGUGUUCCUGGUACUGGUUAACCUAGGUUUGAUUGUUACCUUUCGUUACCUGGGACCACCUGCACUAAAAGAUUCCUCAGGGUUUGUCUCCCAGGCAAGGCUGUCUCUACACCUUUUUUGUAAAACCAACACAUUGUACUACUCCAGCCUGCUCUUCACUCUCUGCACUGCCUUUGGUCCCUGGUUCAUUGGAGAGAUGAUUGACGGCCACAGUGGGGCCUGUUUUGCUUUCGGGGUGUUUAUUGAAGGACACUUGCUUGAAGGAAGCUUUACGUUUGUAGUGGGUGUACUACAGUUAGUCUUCUUUAACAUCCCUCUGACCUGCUACCUCUGCUGGAGCAUGUAUCUGCGUUGCCAGGGGAACUGUUUCCGAACUCAUUUCCGGAGGGCGGGUAGGGUGCGGACGUUGAUGGUGAACGUGGUCAUGUUGGCACUCUUACUCUGGCAGGCAUACUCCUGCAACUUUCUGCUGGAGACCUACGGAACCACCGCCUGCCUGCUGUCCCCCCUGCGCACAUGGGCCCUUGUUUUGGGGCUCCUGCUGAUCCGAUAUGCCUGGACCUGCCACCCUCCACGUCUCCAGCAAUUCAUCAAGCGCAGCCAGCCAUCUUGAUAGAUUUUGUCUGUCAAUUUAAUUCUCAAUCUUACAAGACGCACAUAUUUCAAUUUGUAAUGGAAGAGCCACUUUUUCUGGAUUUGUGUUCGCUGGACUCCUGACUCUACAGGAAUGAUAAAGAAGACCCUGUUUUUUAUUGUGUUUUAUAUAUGAGAAUUUGUAGCACAUGUGGAAUUAUGUGAUUUACAGGGAAUCAUGCUGAUCUGGGAAUUGUGAAAUCUUUGAGGCCCAACAGGUGAUAUGUUUGAGACCAAAUGUGCCUGUAAGCACAACAGUAUGCUACUUUGUGGUGGUUGUGUGUCGUACUGCAUAUUUACGACAAUUUUACACAUUAAGUUUCUUUUUAAAAAUGGGCUUAAAUCAGGCUUUUUUAAUCACACACAAGAAUUUGAGUUUGUAUCAAUUAAAAAAAAACAAACUGUUAGCAAAUAAAACACCAAACUUUUAUUUUACACUUACCGUAUCUCUUCAAAUUAAAAUAAACUCAUCUGUGUAAAACUGCCUAAAACAGCUGCUGCUUUUAUUCAAGGUUGGCACUUGCUGUAAAGCCAUAAAUAUUUGCGACCAAAAUAUUUGGCGAAUCACACCCAUAAAACCUAUUUUGCUCUACAAAUGUUGGCAACCUGUUGCAAUAUACAAAGUAUUUAUUGUUAGUGGAAUUUGAUAUUUGUGCCAAAACUU